AUGCCCUCGGCCAAACAAAGGGGCUCCAAGGGCGGCCACGGCGCCGCAAGCCCCUCGGAGAAGGGCGCCCACCCGUCGAGCGGCGCGGAUGACGUGGCGAAGAAGCCGCCGCCGCCGCCGCCGCAGCAGCCGCCGGCGCCGCAGCCGCACCAGCACCAGCAUCAGCAGAACCAAGCGCAUGGCAAGGGCAGCCACCGCGGCGGUGGCGGCGGCAAGUCCUCCGCAGCCGCCGCCGCCGCCGCCGCUUCGUCCUCGGCGUCCUGCUCGCGCAGGCUGGGCAAGGCGCUCAACUUUCUCUUCUACCUCGCCCUGGUGGCGGCGGCCGCCUUCUCGGGCUGGUGCGUCCACCACGUCCUGGAGGAGGUCCAGCAGGUCCGGCUCAGCCACCAGGACUUCUCCCGGCAGCGGGAGGAGGUGGGCCAGGGCUUGCAGGGCGUCGAGCAGAAGGUACAGUCUCUGCAAGCCACAUUCGGGACUUUUGAGUCCAUCUUGAGAAGCUCUCAACAUAAGCAGGAUCUCACAGAGAAAGCUGUGAAGCAAGGGGAGAGCGAGAUCAACCGGAUCAGCGAAGUUCUGCAGAAACUCCAGAAUGAGAUCCUCAAAGACCUCUCGGACGGGAUCCAUGUGGUGAAGGACGCCCGAGAGCGGGACUUCACAUCCCUUGAAAACACGGUGGAGGAAAGGCUGACAGAGCUCACCAAGUCCAUCAACGACAACAUUGCCAUCUUUACUGACGUCCAGAAGAGGAGCCAGAAGGAAAUAAAUGAUGUGAAGGUAAAGGUUGCCUCUCUGGAAGAAUCUGAGGGGUACAAGCAGGACUUGAAAGCCAUGAAGGAAGUUGUGAAGGAAAUACAAGCCUCGGUGAAGUCCAAAGAAAAGGACAUUGAGGCCCUGAGAAGCACCCUCCAGACCAUGGAGUCUGACGUGUACACAGAAGUCAAAGAGCUGGUGAGUCUUAAACAGGAGCAGCAGAAGUUCAAGGAGGCGGCUGACGUGGAGCAUGGCACCUUGCAGACCCUCACAGAGAAGUUUGUGCAGUCUGAGGAGUCCAUUUCCCACCUCACAGGGGAGAUCAGGAGACUUGAAGAAGAGCUACGCCAGCUGAAAGCUGAUUCCAGCAGGCCAGGAGAAGACAGCGUGUUCCAAAAUUCUGAAGCCUUUGAAACACUCCAGAGGAAGAGUCAGGGGUUGGACUCCAGGCUUCAGGCUGUGGAAGACGAAGUCCAGUCCGCGCAGGCGACUGCUGUGCAGCAGACAGAGAGCCUGGAGACCCUCCUGUCGAAGAGCCAGGAGUAUGAGCAGCGCCUGAGUGCCCUGCAGGUGCGUGUGGAAAGCCUGGGCUCCUCCUCGGAGGGGGGCAAGGAGGACAUGGCCAGCACCGUGAGGAGCCUGGGGGAGGCCCAGCUCUCCCUCUACGCUGACGUGGGCGAGCUGAAGAGAAGCCUGGGCGAGCUCCCCAGCACCGUGGAGACACUCCAGAGAGUACAGGAGCAGGUGCACACGCUGCUCAGUCAGGACCAAGCCCGGGCAGCCCCGGUGCCUCCUCAGGACUUCCUAGACAAACUUUCUUCUCUAGACAACCUCAAAUCCUCAGUAAGCCAGGUGGAAUCAGACUUGAAAAUGCUCAGGACUGCCGUGGACAGUUUGGUUGCAUACUCAGUCAAAAUAGAAACCAAUGAGAACAACUUGGAAUCAGCCAAGGCAUUGCUAGACGACCUGAGGAAUGACCUGGAUAGGUUGUUUGUGAAAGUCGAAAAGAUUCACGAAAAGAUCUAG